AUGCCUCAUUAUUGUAUUCAUUUGUUGUGUUCACAGGUUGCGGGCGACCGGGACGCGCUGAUACGUAAAGAUGUUGACCGCGGUGUGUGUCUCGUGCAGGUGGGAGACAACCACACCUGCAUCCCCGAUGAUUCCGACGACGUAUGUCCGGUUGGGGACGACCGGAACGCGCUGAUACGUAAAGAUGUUGACCGCGGUGUGUGUCUCGUGCAGAAUCGGAGACUCGUGACGACCCCUGUCAUCCGGAACUUCAAGACAAUGCGCACCGCGCAAUUGUUUUUCGAGAUGUCGGUCGUCUUGGGUCGGUCGCGUCGGGGGGGGGGGGGGAGGUGGGAGAGGGGGGAGCAAUCACGCGGGGUGGGAAUGCCCGCGCGCAUCGAUGUGUUGGCUACUCUCGUCGGUCUGGCUGAUGCGGGUGGGUAUGCCCGCACGCCAUCUCUCUGGGUUGUGGUGGUGUCGCAACCCUCGUCGCUCUCGGACUGUCGCGGGGUGGGAAUGCUCGACUGCCCUGCAAACUGGGCGGGUCUUUGGGACCCUAUGGGAUGGGUACCGUUGCGUUGGUGA